UUUUGAGACGGGUGCUGUAUUAGUAGCGAUUGAGUCCGCUGAAAUCCCAGUUGAUUUUCCGUUUGUAUGCACAUACCGCACAACCGUGAGGGCCUAGUGGCCAGAUGGCGUGCUUCCCUUUGAGAAUUAGCUCCUUCGUAAUAAACUCCACCACAAUAGCUACUCCAACACGGUGCCAACCAAAGUUUGAGCCUGGACCACACUUUGGUACUAUUGGGCCCAGUUGACGCACCAUUCAAGAGAUACGCGCAAUACGCAUCAAAACGCGUCUCCAGGUACUAUGCUUUGAACCUCUUCGGAGCCACCGGAGGAAUGGCGAAGAAUGGAACCUGCGCCGCCUACCUACUAUCAGGUCUUCGUCUUGGAUUUUGUGUUCUCGUCACGUAUGAAAUCAGAAGAACUUCUGCCCUCUUCUGCCGCCCAUUCUGCUUCUCGAUGCGUCCGGAUGCCCCAUGCCAUCUGAUUUUCUGGUUUUCUUGCUGUUCCGAGGCUUUAUCGAAGCAUGCCCAUAUAUCAAUUGAUGGUCAUGGACAGCUCGUGCUUCGCAUCAUAUGUACAGUUAUUUUUUGAUUUUGUUAUUGUGAAAUGAAAUUCGCUCGACACUUGUUGUGAACAGUCAAGAAUCGCUCGGGGCCGUUACCGUAACGUACCUAUUACCGGAAGAAGUCCUCUAGAAAGGGUUAUGUUAGUGUGACAAGGCAGCCGAUUCGCUGACAACUAUUCUGGGAUGCAACUAUCGGGCUAGAAAUUACGUUGUUCCCAAUCCGCAGGCAGCGCUAGGAAAUCGUAUAAAAGGGCAAGGUAUUCACUGGUUUCU